GAAAGACGACAGUGGAUCUCAUUAAAAAAAAAACAACAGCGUGGAUGAAGGAGGGCGAUGUUCUAAACUGCAACCAAGGUCUAGCCGCGGUAGUGAUACAUUGCGGUAAAAUCCUCCCUUUCUGCUCAUCUUCCUCGUCCUCUGCUGGGUCGUGUGAGUCUCGACACCCAUCUCCGCACAGACUCUCACAUCGCCCUGUGACCCCAGUUCCAGGUUACCCCUUGGCGUCCAGCCGCUCUCGCUCGCCCUCCCUCCCCAGCUUCGCGGAGCACUGCUCAGUGGAGUUGAGUCGCGGGCAGGAAUAGACGUCGCCGCCGGUGGCUGAGUCGAGGCAGAAGGUUCCAGGCUCCCGCGUGGUCGCACUCGCUACGGCUCUCUCUGCAAAGUCUCGUCACAGAAGACCCCCACCCUUCGACCCACCCCCCCCCCCCACUCACUUUUCCAUGUUGUUCCAAGUUCGUCUGCUGCUGCCGACAUUCUCAAGGGGGGAGAUGUGAGGAGAGCCUCCUGGAGAACGCCACCUCCUCCAGCCGCCCCAGCCACACAUUCCCGAAUCACCUGUUAACCUCCGGGUUCUGGGACCGCCGAGGACCGCGGCGGGGUGCGCGUUCGCUGCGGUCCGGUCCACUUACGCCACGCUUGCACCAUGGACCUCCUGGGGAUUAUACUGCUGCUCCUGGGGGGGGCCACCCUGCCCUCCAUCCAUGCCUCCCAGCAGGAGAAUCGCAACGUCCCGAGGCUCAAGCUCUCCUACAAAGAGAUGCUGGACUCCAACAAUCUAAUCACCUUUAACGGUCUGGCUAACAGCUCGAGUUACCACACCUUCCUGCUGGACGAGGAGCGGGGCAGGCUGGUGGUGGGGGCCAAGGACCACAUCUUCUCAUUUAAUCUUGUCAACAUUAACAAAGACUACCUAAAGAUUUCAUGGCCUGCUACCCCAUCAAGGCGGGAUGAGUGCAAGUGGGCAGGGAAGGACUUACUGAAAGAGUGCUCCAACUUCGUCAAAGUGCUCCAGUUUUUCAACCAAACCCACCUGUACGCCUGUGGAACAGGGGCGUUCCAUCCCGUCUGCACCUACCUGGAAGUGGGGAAGCGUCCGGAGGACAACGUCUUCCGGCUAGAGACGUCGCAGCUGGAGAAUGGGCGCGGCAAGAGUCCCUAUGACCCCAAGCUGCUGUCGGCGUCGCUUUUAAUUGACGGGGAGCUGUACUCUGGGACAUCGGCGGAUUUCAUGGGAAGGGACUUUGCUAUUUUCCGCACACUGGGGCCACAUCACCCAAUCCGGACAGAGCAGCACGACUCCAGGUGGUUAAAUGACCCCCGGUUUGUGGGCGUGAACUUGAUCCCUGAGAGCGACAACCCCGAAGACGACAAGGUCUACCUGUUCUUCCGCGAGAACGCAAUGGACGGCGAGCACACGGGGAAAGCUACGUAUGCACGCAUCGGACAGCUCUGCAAGAAUGACUUUGGGGGUCACAGGAGCCUGGUGAACAAAUGGACCACCUUCUUAAAAGCCCGGCUGGUUUGUUCAGUACCCGGCAAUAACGGCAUCGACACCCACUUCGACGAGCUGCAGGAUGUGUUUAUGAUGAGCUCAAAGGACCCGAAGAAUCCAGUCAUUUAUGCUGUGUUUGCUACUUCCAGUAACAUCUUCAAGGGGUCGGCGGUGUGCAUGUACAGCAUGACUGAUGUUAGGAGAGUGUUCCUGGGCCCCUACGCACACCGGGAUGGCCCCAACUUCCAGUGGGUGCCUUUCCAGGGGAGGGUACCCUAUCCACGGCCAGGAACAUGCCCGAGCAAGACCUUCGGGGGGUUCGAGUCGACGAAGGACCUUCCCGAUGAUGUCAUCACCUUUGCCAGAGGCCACCCUGCCAUGCACAAUCCCGUCUAUCCAAUCAACAACCAGCCCAUCAUCACGAAGACUGACGUGGACUACCAGUUCACCCAGAUUGUGGUGGACAGAGUGGAGGCAGAGGAUGGCCAGUAUGACGUCAUGUUCAUUGGGACAGAUAUAGGGACUGUUCUGAAAGUGGUGUCCAUUCCCAGAGAGACUUGGCACGAUCUGGAAGAAGUUCUGCUGGAGGAGAUGACCGUCUUCCGGGAGCCCACUGCCAUCACAGCUAUGGAGCUCUCCACCAAGCAGCAACAGCUGUACCUGGGCUCAUCCAUCGGGGUCUCCCAGAUGCCCCUGCACCGCUGUGAGGUUUAUGGCAAAGCCUGUGCUGAGUGCUGCCUGGCACGAGACCCCUACUGCGCCUGGGACGGCACCGAGUGCUCUCGCUACUUCCCCACCGCCAAAAGGAGGACAAGGCGUCAGGACAUCAGGAAUGGAGACCCUCUGACCCAGUGCUCGGACCUCCAGCAUAAUGACGAUCUCACCGGACAAGGCACCCUGGAGGACAAGCUGACCUACGGCGUGGAGAAUAGCAGCACGUUUCUGGAGUGCAGCCCAAAGUCACAGCGGGCUCGCAUCUACUGGCAGCUUCAGAGGCAGGGAGAGGAACGCAAGCAAGAGAUCAAGUCGGAUGACAAAUUCAUAAGGACUGAACAGGGCCUCCUCAUCCGGAGCCUACAGAAGGAGGACUCUGGGAUCUACCACUGCCAAGCAGUGGAGCAUGGCUUCAUUCAGGCCUUGCUGAGGGUCUCCCUGGAGGUCAUUGACACGGAGCGUCUGGAGGAGCUACUGCACAAGGAAGAGGAGAGCUCAGUAGAAGGUGGCAGGGCCCGAGAAGGAGUGCCCCAAUCCACCAGCCAGAAGGUGUGGUACAGGGACUUCAUGUCCCUCAUCAACCAUCCCAACCUCAAUAGCGUGGAGGAGUUCUGUGACCAAGUAUGGAGGCGAGAGCGCCGGCAGCGGCGCCAGAAGACUCAGAGCGGCCCAGCGCAUGCAGGCAAGUGGAAGCACCUGCAGGACAACAAGAAGGGCCGCAACCGGAGGACCCACGAGCUGGAGAGGGCUCCGAGAAGCGUCUGAGCGAGCACCCUGAUGUGCCCGAGCAAAACAAAACAUGUACAUUCUUUUGAGUAGAUUCCCCAAAGGAACUUAAACUGGAAAUGAGUGCAGAGAUGCUCCGGGCCCAAGAUGUUGCCAUGGUGAAGAUGUUUACAAAGAAGGGAUGAAGAGAACUGAAAGCGCCCUCCCCUGGUGGCACUCCACCCCCGUCUGACCAAUCUCCAUCAAGGGAAGAUGGACACCGAUGCAGUACACGGACACGGGACUUCCUGUAAAUAAUCUCCAGCAGAGACUAUGUGUGAUGCUUGGUUUUAGCUGAGGUCUGUUAAUAUUCCAGUCAUUUUGAAUGAUUACCACUUCUUAGGUAGCUGAAAACCAUGAAAUCCCCAUUAUGUGAGGAGAGAAACGAUAACUCUUGGAAUAAUUAGCCUGUAUGUAGUGGUUAAGUCUAUCAUCUAAAUGCUUACACCAGUUAUGUCAUUUUUUUUUACUGUGGGAAAUCACCGACAAUGACAUUUCUUUGAAUCCUUGUGGGAAAAAAUAUAUACCCAUUCUCCUUCAUGAUCUUAAAUUCACAUCUUCAAUACUAGCCAGCAUGGUGAGCUGAUCAUUGCAGUCUUUAAAUUCUGAAGACUCAAAACUCUAAAAAAAAAAAAAUAAUAACAUUUUGAUUUUCUUGUACUGCCAUCAGUGGUUUAUUAUAACAAUACGAUUGUUAUAUAUAAUGCUACUAACAUGCACAUUACUCAAGGAUCCUUGCAACAGGUCAAUACAGCAAGAUUCAGGCCAUGAGGCCAGCGCUGUUAACAAUCUGAAUAAGCUCUUCCAGGUCAGAUAACUAUGUAAACUUGUUCCAAAAGGAAUGUUUUAUUUUUGCAUCAACAGAGUUUUAUCGUAAAGUAUGGUAAAAUAGUUUUAUUUGUAUUUUAUUGUAUAUGUUUUUGCUUUCUACACAAACUACUGCAUCAUCUUGGGGUUAGAGUCCUUCUUAGAAUCGCUUCUUUACUUUUGUGUCAUUAUUUCUAAGUUAUUUAGUUUGAUUUGAAUCCGCAGCAUGGUCAACUGAAUGUGUCUCUCAUGUUCAGAAGCAAACUACCAUCCAGUUAUGUAUGUAAAUUACCAUAAAUUAUUCCAAAUAGCUUAAUGGAAAGGCUAUAUUUAAAACGUAAAAUAUCCUUAAAAUAAAAUAUCCUUUUCAGUUCAAUAUUGACUGGAAGGUGUAAUAAGAACUUGUAACAUACUGUCAGUCAGUGAGUUGAACCAACAAAUUAAACAUUCCUUUUAAAUUAAACAGUCCUUCAUUUUUUAAGAGAACAGUAUAUAUAUUGAUUUUUGAUAUGUAUUUUUUGCAUUCCAGCUUGUAUAUAUUACAACUAAUAAUACUGUAAAGUCCUGACACCUUAGAAGACCUUUGCUGGAUCCACUCCUGAUAAUUUAUUAAUUAACGAACGAUGCAUGCAUUAGGCGACAAAGGGGAAAGACUAGAUUUCAUUAAGCUACCAAUAACUAUCUGCACGAAUUUCAUACCACAGUGCAGUCAGUAUAGUGCAGUGAUUGACAGAAAUUACCUUUUACAGAAAGUUACUUUUACCUCACGUUGCAACGCUGCCAUGCUGGGUCCAACUUUGGCCAAAAUGUUCAGCAGAAAUGACCGAGAAGCUGACAGCAUGCAAAUGCCGGCUUCUGAGUUUGACUUAGUCAGAGGAAACCGUCUGUUACGUGGAAGAAACAUGUUAAGACGAAUUCAUGCUUCACUUCUCCACAUGAGCUUUCGGUCCACACACAAGGUGGCAUAAAUUUUGUCAUUAGGGGUCAGUGCCAGACAGUGCCCAGGUUAUCAUGUCCAAUGGAGAUAAUGCACGCCGUUGCAUGUCGACUGAGCAUGUCCAAGGAAACUGAUGAGGUGUUUGCUGUAGGUGGCAGCACCAACUAGCAAAAACCAUAGAUCAACCUAGAAAAAGUAUAGGAAGAAGAAUUGUUGUUGGAGCUGUGGAGGUGGAUCUAAGUUUUCAUACUGUCCAGACAUAUGGUAUCUUCAAAAUCAACAUGAUUCAUUUUGAAAUGAAUUCAGAAUAUUCUAUUUCCAUAUUACUUUACUUCCACCCAACUGGUAGGGUAAACUCUUCAUAAAAUUACACCCGGUUCACUACACUGCUCGUAUUUGUUUUUGUUGUAAUGUGCACUCUCCUGGUCUGGUGGAAUAUCACUGCUGUAUGCAUGACCCAACCGCGAUCAUCUUCGUCCACGGGGCGAAAGUGCACGCGGAAAAGUGAAGUAUGAACUAAACUUUAUGUUAUGUAUUUGUCAUUACUCACUUUACGCAAUGAAUGCGAUAUAAACGUGGUUGUUUGAGCCUCUUUAUGUCUUAUGUCGGCGCACCUUAUUACCGUAUUAUACCGUACUUAUACCGCGAGCUUUGAUUAGGGUCGGAGAUGGAGUUCGGUUCACAACUCGACGCUCCUCUACGUUCACUCGCCACACACAGAACUACGCUCUUUUCUUUCUACAUUGCGCGCUCUAUGGCGUUACAAAAAGGUCAAACCGCGUUUCGCUAAAUAAAUCACAUGCCUUUGCUCGUUUGGCGUUCCGUAAAUAAAAGUCGUUACCUCUCCCUAUAAACCAGCCAGUAAACUAGGGGGAAAAAGCGGCUUGUCAAGAACUUAUACUUGAACACAGUACGCGACUGGAUGAUUUUGUUUUACAAACUGCAACUCCAACAUGGCAAACUUAUAGAAUACUUAUUCUUUUCAAGACAAAAUAUACCCUGCCAUAGCUGUGAAUUUUAUGUAAAAUAAUAGUGAUAACAAUAAAGCAAAUCAUGUCAUGGUCCAACAUGCACUGUGUACAAAUUGCAUGUGAAUGCUUUUUUGUGCAUCGGGAGUUUUUUCUUUACCAUUAAAGUCUCUAUUAAUGUCGUGUGUGUAGAAUUUCCCAUCAAGCAGUACACAUUUACCUGUUUUUGAGGUGUAUAUAUUUUUCCUUAGGUAAAUCAAGGGAACGGUGUACAAUACUUGAGUCUAUAAGUACUCUUUUUCCAGUGUGUGUAUAUCACUUUUUCAUCGACGAUAUGCAACCAUGGUUUAUAUAUUUCCCCACAAGCCAAUUAACAGUUAUUUAAUGUUUUGCGACACAUACAAAACAGUAUCCAUGGAUCGGUACAUAUUCAGAAGGGCUCUGUGGAUUUGGAAGAGGACUGAAAGGGAAAACUGCUGCUGUAAAUUAUUCAUUUUAGCAUGUAAUCCGUUGUUAAAAUAAACGAUUCUUUCAAAAGCUGA